UGGUGCAAGAUCAGACCGGAAUUUCAUCCACGUCAAUUUAGCCGUGGCAAUUGGUCUGGCUCAAGUCACAUUCCUUGCUGGCAUUGACGAAACGGGAUACGAGGUUAGCACUGAUGAAAUUUCAGCAUUACGGAGCGGUCAUUAUUUACGUACUGUAUUUAAAACAUGAACAGCAGUGUUUUAUCAGAUAUAAAGAUACGAGGCGAAGCCGAGUAUAUUUAGGUCUGAUAAAACACGCACUGCGAAUGUUUUACAUUGCUUCAAAAACGAUAAGUAAGUUCAUUGGCGAAGUAAUAUAAUUUUCAAAAAAUACGUUGUGUAAGUCGAGAAAAUCAAAGUUAAAGUUUAUGUAAAUCAAGGGAAAUCUCUAUCACAUAUAAAGAUACCACACGCUUAUGAUUUUUCUUUGUGUUUUCGUCAUAAAUUAUUAAUGAGUUUUUGAAGGCGGAGUUGGGACAAAUAAACAAAAAGAAAUGUCUUUCUUGGUAAAAAUUUUGCCGAUCUAACCAUUAAAAAGUCAAAAAAAUUUUUUACCCAACCUCAAAUAUCAAUCAAAAAAUAAAUACCCACCCCUGGCCAAAAACUUUACAAAAGGAUACCAUUCAGUUGUCAUACAUGUCCUUUACCACUUCUGUGACAUGAGUUUGAUAACUGCUUGUGAAAUUUUCUGCAGUCUAAAGUUUCAUAUUGUCUGCACAUGUACUUUCUUUGGAGACACCAUUUGCCUCCUGACAAAUCGGAAAACGAUCAAGAUAGCGACUCUGAUUGAUUUACAUAUUGUAUUGACAUAUGACUAUUGACAUGGCAAGUUUUGUCGUAUUAAGAUUGUGGAAUAUUUGUAUGGAAAGUAAGCUAUGAUCAAAGAAAUGGCCAAAAUAGUGCAAUAUACCUUGUUCUAGGUGAUAUGUACUAUGGUGGCUGCUUUACUUCAUUAUUUCCUACUUGUGGCUUUCUCAUGGAUGUUAAUCGAGGGACUCUUCCUGCAUAUUUUGAUUGUGAAAGUUUUUCAUGACCACUUGCCAAAGAAACGAUAUUACGUCGCGUUUUGUUGGGGUAAGUAGAGACCUUACGAUUUUAGGACGGCAACGGCUACCAAUACAAUAGAUCAUUGAAAAGAAUUGAAAAAUUACAAUGUAUGAAUAAUUUAGACAUUGUCCUCGCUCUGUUUACGACGCCAAAUCACAGAUUUUCACGUCUUGAUACAACGGCUGCAUUUCAAGCCGCAACAAGUGCAACUUCAAACUGGGUUCAGGAGAACUCUUCCCAACCAUAAAACCCAUGUCUUCAACUUCUAAAACUGUAUUAAAUUCAUACGAUUGAGAAUAUACGACGAACUAUCUUUACUACCAUUUAUUUGAAGGAGUUUGUUUUGGCCGUCGUCGUCGCGUUGCCAUCCUAAAAUCGUAAAAUCUCUAGUAUCAUUACGAAAACUGUGUUUAACUUGAUUGGCUAGGAACACGUUUUAUUUGCAUGUCUGAAAAGACAACCUACACAAGUUGUUGAAACUGCAUUGCUGCACACGUAAGAAUCUUACAACUUGUCAACAAGAUGUGUUCGCAACAGGCUUGUAGCAAGCUUGUAAUAUAAUCACUUGGAUUACAAACCCUAACAUUCUAAGUUGUUGGAACAGCACUGCUACAAGUCUGCUGCAGGUUUGUUACAACUUGUGCGUUUUUACAGAUCUGCAAACGAGUCGUAACAAGGUUGUUGUCAAGUCGAUAUCAGGAUGUGUUCGUACUGCUUGUUCCCAGUUGUUGUGACAAGUCUGGAACAAGUUGUUAUCACCUUGGUACAAGGUUGAUGACGAGUAACAGACUUGCUACAAGUUGUUCCAACAAGACUAACACAGGCUGUUCGUAACAAGUUGCCACGAGCUUGUUGUCAUCAACUUGUUACGUGCAGACGAUAUCAGACUUGUUGGAACAACUUGUUGCGAGUCCGUUGGCCUCGUCAACCUUGUUACAAGAUGAUAACAACUUGUUCCAGACUUGUCAACAACUGGGAACAAGCAAUGCGAACACAUCUCGUUGACAAGGUGUGAGAUUUUUACGCGCGUGUAGAGUGUAUUUGUCACAGGAAAAAUUGGCGAAGUACAAAAUUUGUUCGUCUGUAUGGGAGGGCAAAAAAAAUUUGACAAAGUUUAGUCUGCAAUUUAAUGUAAUGUGUUUCAAUUUUAUUAACUAAUUUCAGGUCUACCAUUACUUAUUGUCUUGCUUUCUGUCAACUUAUUACGAGAUGGUUACGGAACAAAAACAAGGUUUGCCUGUGAUUUGAAUCGCUUGUUUGUUUGCUUGCUUUGCUUUGCUUUGCUUUGCUUUGCUUUGCUUUGCUUUGCUUUGCUUUGCUUUGCUUUGCUUUGCUUUGCUUUGCUUUGCUUUGCUUUGCUUUGCUUUGCUUUGCUUUGCUUUGCUUUGCUUUGCUUUGCUUUGCUUUGCUUUGCUUUGCUUUGCUUUGCUUUGUUUGUUUGUUUGUUUGUUUGUUUGCUUGCUUGCUUGCUUGUUUGCUUGUUUGUUUGCUUACUUAUCAAUUGAUUGCUUAUCAAGUAUGACCAGGAUACUUCGUAUCUUUUUAGCUGCUGGCUGUCUACAGAUAAGGCAACCAUUUGGACAUUCAGUGGUCCAGCCAUCUUAGUCAUGAUA